GGUUUGGAGGGCAUUUUAACCUCAUCAGGUCGACGAUUACGAAGGUGAAAUUAAGACAAUUCGGAGUUUAUUAUCUCAGAAGGCAUUAUACCAUUCAAAUGCUUUACAUUCCAAAACAUUCUGGAAUGGAAACGGUCCAGUUUAAAGGGAAGAGAGACUGCUUCGGAGACAACGGGAUGCAAAAGCAUUCUUUUGAAUCUUAAUUUUUGACUCGCAAGUUUCCAUGCUAUAAUUAAUUUGACAAUGUCAAUGUUGACCUUAAGUUGAGGUUUAGUGCUAUUCUGUAUCGCGUAGGGUUGAUCGAAUUGCGCGUGUUGCAUUUGCAUUCCCAAGACCGAUGGAAUGACGGAAGGGCUCGACAAAUUAGAAGGACAUUCGCUGGAUUUUGUAUCGUCGUAUUGGGUGAUCAUUUGUGUGUAUUGCAUUUGCAUUGAAACGUAAGGAGGAAUGGCGGAAGAACGUGAGAAGUCUCAGGGCAUGCCCUGAAUUGUAUAUGGUGUGUUGGAUACUAUAAUGGUGAUUACAUUGUUAGUAUUGUAUUUUUAUUAAAUCAGUAGACGAUGGAUUGGCGGAAAGAGUUGAGAAAUUAGACGUGCAUACCCUGAAUUGUGCAUCGUAUAUAGUCUAUUGGAAGGGUGAUCAAUUUGUGUGUAUUGCAUUUGCAUUGAAUCGGACGAUGAUGGAAUUGGAAUGCAGAAAGCAGUUGAGAAAUUAGAAGGGCAUGCCCUGAAUUGUGAGUGGCAUGGCGUGGGGAUUGGGGAGCUGGAAAAGGCCGGCUGAUAGCUUCAGGCUGACUCUGGGAUAUGGAUAUGCGGAGGAAAAAUCAUAUCACUCGGCCUUGUCAUUAUCAGAUCCAACAAGUGAAUGCAAAUUCAAGAUAGAGCUGGACUGGUCCGCUGCAGAUGAGGAGGAACAGGUGGCACUUAAGCUGCAGUCUCAGCUGAUGGUCACCCUUCCCCCUCCGCAGGAUCAAGUGCAGGUGGAAAUGAGCGAGGAGAAUGGGGAUUUGAAAGUGGCAUUCAAAGUGGUGAAGAAGAGGGAGGCACUGAGAGUGGCCAGUCUGUCCAAAACUUUGGGAUCAGGGCAGCAAAGUGAUGGGGUUGGGGUCAUCAUAAGGAUGCUCCGCUCUUCUGCCACCAUGGCAGAGGAGCUCUUAGGCUACACCAACCACUGGAAAACAAUCACACUGCUCAAUUUGUCUGCCUGUUCUUUGACGGUUCUGCCAGUGGAGCUGAUACGGUUACCAUAUCUUGAGAGGCUACAUCUAGACAAUAAUAAACUAUCUCUUUUGCCCCCAGAGCUUGGAGAGCUUAAAUGUUUGAAAGUGCUUAGAGUGGACCAUAAUAUGCUAGUCUCGGUUCCUGUUGAACUGAGGCAAUGUGUUGGUCUGAUUGAAUUAUCUCUUGAGCAUAACAAGCUGGUCCGCCCUCUUCUCGAUUUCAGGGCCAUGUCAGAAUUGCGAGUAUUGCGUCUGUUUGGGAAUCCUCUUGAGUUUUUGCCCGAGAUUUUGCCAUUAUCCAAUCUUCGUCACUUGUCACUUGCCAAUGUUCGAAUAGAGGGUAAUGAAAAUUUAUCCACAGUGGCUGUUGACAUAGAGUUGCAGACAGAGAACAGCUCUUACUUUGUUGCUUCAAGGCACAAACUCAGUGCCUUCUUUUCCCUUGUUUUUCGAUUCUCAUCAUGUCAACAUCCUCUUCUUGCCUCGGCAUUGGCCAAAAUCACUGAAGAUAACAACAACCGCAAUGCAAUUGGCAGAGAUGAGAAUGCUGUGCGACAACUAAUAAGCAUGUUGAAUAGUGACAAUCGCCAUGUGGUAGAGCAGGCUUGCUCAGCUCUCUCGUCAUUGGCAUCAGAUACUUCUUUGGCAAUUUUGUUGAUGAAAGCUGAUAUAAUGCAGCCCAUUGAAUCAGUUUUGAAGUCGAUUGUUUUUGAAGAGCUCAUUUCAGUGUUACAUGUUGUGGUGAAUAUGGCAUUUGCUUCUGACGUUGUGGCUUCUAAAAUGCUAACUAAGGAAGUUGUAAAAUCCUUGAAGCUGUUAUGUGCACAUGAAAAUAUUGAGGUUCAGCGAUUAGCGCUAUUGGCUGUUGGCAAUUUAGCAUUUUGCUGGGAGAAUCGCCGGACUUUAGUUGCAUCGGAAAGCUUGCGUGAACUUCUCAUUCGCCUGACAGUUGGACCUACAUCUUGUGUAACCAAAGCUGCUGCACGUGCAUUAGCUAUCCUGGGAGAGAACGAGUAUCUGCGAAGGACAAUAAGAGGGCGACCUGUAGGAAAACAGGGGUUACGUGUAUUAUCAAUGGAUGGAGGUGGAAUGCGAGGUCUAGCUACUGUGCAGAUGCUUCGAAGGAUAGAGCAAGGAACUGGGAAGCGUAUUAAUGAAAUCUUUGACCUUAUAUGUGGUACUUCCACAGGUGGAAUGCUAGCAAUUGCUCUUGGAAUCAAGGGCUUGAGUUUGGAUCAGUGUGAAGAAAUUUAUAAAACACUUGGAAAGCUGGUAUUUGCUGAGCCUAUAACAAAGGAUAAUGAAGCUGCAACCUGGAGAGAGAAGCUAGAUCAAUUGUAUAAAAGUUCUUCACAGAAUUUUCGUGUCGUGGUUCAUGGAUCUAAGCACAAUGCAGACCAGUUUGAGAGAUUACUGAAAGAGAUGUGUGCAGAUGAGGAUGGAGAUCUUUUGAUUGAUUCAGCUGUAAGGAAUAUUCCCAAAGUUUUUGUUGUUUCAACACUUGUCAGUGUAAUCCCAGCACAGCCUUUUGUAUUUAGAAACUACCAGUACCCUCCUGGUACACCAGAGACAACACCAUGGACAACAGAAGGACCAACUGCAAGUGUGUCAGGGACGCCUGCAACAGCUGCUCCUUUGGCAACUCAAAUAGGGCAGAGACGUAGUGCUUUUAUUGGAAGCUGUAAGCACCAUGUAUGGGAGGCCAUCAGAGCCUCCUCCGCAGCUCCAUAUUAUCUGGAUGACUUUGCUGAGGAUGUAAAUCGGUGGCAGGAUGGAGCAAUUGUAGCAAAUAAUCCCACUCUUAUUGCUAUUCGUGAAGCACAGCUCUUGUGGCCAGAUACUCGGAUUGGGUGCCUUAUUUCCUUAGGCUGUGGAAAUCUGCCAACUAAGCCUCGAGGGAAAGGAGGAUGGCGAUAUUUGGAUACAGGCCAAGUACUGAUUGAGAGUGCAUGCUCAGUUGAGCGUGUGGAGGAAACAUUGGACACUUUGUUGCCUAUGAUUCCAGAUAUACAGUACUUCCGUUUUAAUCCAGUUGAUGAGAGAUGUGGGAUGGAGCUAGAUGAAACUGAUCCUGCAGUCUGGGUUAAAUUAGAAGCUGCAACUCAAGAGUUUGUUGAAGCCAAUAAUAUAGCCUUUCAGGCUGCAUGUGAACGACUGUUACCACCCCAUCAUGAUGAAGAAGCCUGGUCGGAUAUAACAAAAUCUUAUCAUUUCCUGUCAAAGACCAAGACACUUGGUUCAGUUCAUGAUGAAGCUGGACCUUGCUUGGGCUGGAGGCGUAGAAUACUGUUAGCAGAGUCUUCUCAGAGUCUUGAUUUACCGAGUUCCAUUAACCAUGUACGUUCUUUGCAAACUUAUUGUUCCCAGCAUGGAAUUAAACUAGAGUUAUUAAAUAGGCUAUCAGGAACUUCCAGAUCAGCUGCUCCAGCUUCUACUCCUUAUACAUCACCCAUGUUUACUGGAAGCUUUCCAACAAGUCCACUUUUAUAUAGUCCCGAAGUUGGUCUUCAGCAACUAAAUCAUCUUGAUUUAGUUCCGCCUUUAAGCUUGGAUGGAGGUCAAAACCAGGUUUUCUCUGGCAAGGUAUCUUUUUCACCACCAAGAUCACCACCGUUAGGGCCUAGACAGCUUUCAGGACCUGUUCAAGCACUACAGGAAAAGUUACAAAAUUCGCCUCAAGUCGGCAUUGUACAUUUUGCUCUUCAGUGCGAUUCAUUGGGUUUAAUUCUUAGCUGGAGAAAUGAUGUAUUUGUAGUAGCAGAACCUGGAGCAUUAGCAGAUGCAUUUUUACAAGGUGUUAGGGCAAGCCUGUUCCUUGGCGUUGGUCAGAAAUUCAAGAAAUGUUCUACAAUGCCAAAGAUCUCAACUAUUUCUGGCUUGGUUGCUCGAUAUCCUCGUUUUCAGCUUGGUGGCGUUCUACACCGAUUCAUGGGGCGACAGACUCAGGUCAUGGCUGAUGACCAAGAAAUUGCAGCUUACAUGUUCCAGAGAAUGCUUCCUGCCAUACACUUGACACCUGAGGAUGUCCGAUGGAUGGGUGGUGUAUGGCGAGAACGGAUCAUGAUAUGUACAGGGAAGUGUGGUCCAAGUGCAGCUUUAGUGAAAGCUUUCUUAGAUUCAGGAGCAAAAGCAAUCAUUGCACCUUCUGUUGAUCCUCCAGAAUUGCAACAGAAUGUAAGUCUAGAUAGUUUGGCUGGCUCCAGAGAUAGUAGCAAACCAGACUCUGGACGGUUUGUGAUUGGAGAAGAUGAUGAGGAUGAAGGAGAACGAAGUGGACCUAGCAGUGAUUGGGAAGACAGUGACUUUGAAGAAUGUGAAGACAAAAUGGAGAAACAGCAUGAGGAAAAGGAUCUAUGUGGUUUUGUUUGUACACUUUAUGAUAAUUUAUUUCGUGAGGGUGUUAGAGCUGAUAUUGCACUUCAAAAUGCAUUAGAUGUGCAUCCAAAGCAGCAUUAUAGAUGCCAUCUUCCAAAGAUUUGAUGAUUAUGUGAAGAUAAUGAGAUGUGGCAUAACAAGAUGCAUGUAUUUUACAUGUCAGACAAAGUGCAUGCAGGUUUGAGCUGGACUUCCAGUGAAGAUUUUCAGAAUUUAAUCUUCAUAUUUGACAGUAAAUACUCGGCCAUAAUUCUUUCAUCUGCAGAGGAACAAUAUUAAACAGGCUGCAGCUGCUCUCUUAUUUUAUUUUCCACCAUUGUAAGAGACUGAUGAACUCGGCAACAUGGACAUUAUUCGUUUUAAUUCUUGGCAUAAGCCAUAUUCUGGGUUUAUCUUUACAUGAAUUAUCACAUUGGAUAAUCGAAUAUAUUGUAAUGGGAAUCAGAAACUUGGAAUUGAAGCUGUGCACAAAUAUAAAGGGUUUGGCAUGAUCUUUUUGCCAAGAUCCCAAUAAGUUCAUCA